AUUUUGAAGUUCCGACCGGAAACCAAUGCUGCCAACAAGUGUUGACAUCUCAGAUCCCUGAACAUAACCUUUUCCUUGUUAUUCGUGAAGUUGACACAUUUGGUGCGCUCACAAUACAAUAAGCAAUCAAAAUGACCAACUCGAAGGGUUACCGUCGUGGCACCAGGGACAUGUUCUCCCGUCCCUUCAGAAAGCACGGCACCAUCCCGCUGUCCACCUAUAUGAAGGUCUACAAAGCCGGAGAUUAUGUAGACAUUAAGGGACACGGUGCCGUUCACAAGGGUAUGCCGUACAAGGCAUACCACGGUAAGACCGGCCGUGUGUACAACGUAACGAAGCACGCCCUCGGCGUCAUCGUGAACAAGCGGGUGCGCGGAAAGAUCCUCGCCAAGCGCAUCAACGUCCGCAUCGAACACGUCAAGCCAUCGCGCUGCCGUGAGGAUUUCUUGCGCCGCGUCAAGGAAAACGACGCCGCCCGCCACGCACUGAAGGUCAAGAACCCCAAAGCUAAGAUCUGCCUGAAGCGCAAGCCACAGGCACCACGCGGCGAGCAGGUCAUCGUGAGCCCACCGGAGCCUGUCUUCCUGGCUCCGAUUCCGUACGAGUUCGUAGCAUAAGGUGGGGAAAUUUGAGCGACGGUGGUAUGAAGUGAGUGUACAUCUUAAAUAAAACAAAUUUAAUUUAAA